UUUAUAUGUACCGUGAAAGACUUAAAUUGAAGAAUGUUAAGAUUCAUAUGAUCACUCCUUCUUGGUGUGUGUCUGAAAUAUUAAAAAAAAAAAUCUAUAAGAAUAAACCCAAAUAUUCGAUCUUUCACCGACAUAUUUGGUACGUGUUGACAAGCGACCAUGUGAAUUUAGCAUUAUCCAAUUUCGGUCUUUUAUCGUAAUAUAUACAUUCGUUGUAUAUCCCCUGCCAACUUCAUUUCUUGAGUUCGUUGUAGCCGAUGAAAACAUCUGAUGAAAUAAUAAUGAAGCCGGGUUUUGAAUUCGUAUAUUAAUUUAAUCAAAAUCAAUUAGUUAUAAAACAUACAUUUAACAAAUAAUUAAUGUACUUCAAUUAACGUAUAAAAUUUCUACAAAAAAAAAAUGGGUAAAAGAAAAGCACCAGAUAAUGCAGGAAAUCCUAAUCAAGAUUUAUGUGAUUUUCUAUUAGAACUGGCAAAUUAUGAAAAAAAUGUUAGUAAGAAUGUAUACAAAUAUAAUGCUUAUCGUAAAGCAGCUAGUAGCUUGAGUACUUUAAGCGACAGAGUCAAGAGCGGAGAAGAAGCUAGAAAGUUGCCAGGAAUAGGAGAAAAAAUAGCUAAAAAGAUAGACGAAUUUCUUCAAACUGGGAAAUUACGCAAACUUGAAGAAAUUAAUAAAAAUGAUGAUAAUGUUGCAAUCAAUUUGUUAACCCGUGUUUCUGGUAUUGGUCCUGCUAAAGCAAAAGAAUUAGUUGAUGAUGGUAUUAAAAGUUUGGAUGAUUUAAAAAAACACCAGAACAAAUUGAAUCAUCAUCAAAAACUUGGUUUAAAGUAUUUUGAUGAUUUUGAGAAAAAGGUACCUAGAGCAGAAAUAACUGAAAUUGAAAAAAUGUUAAAGAAAUAUAUUUAUGAAUUGAGUAAAGAAUACAUUAUUACUAUAUGUGGAAGUUACAGACGUGGUAAAAAAGAAAGCGGAGAUAUUGAUGCAUUGAUAACUCAUCCAAAUUAUAUUUCCAUAAAUAAGGAAUCGAAAAAAAAGAAUAGUGAUAUGCUUAAAAAUAUUGUUGAAUAUCUUGAAAAAAAACGUUUAAUUACAGAUACAAUGUCUAUUGGGCCAACAAAAUUUAUGGGUGUUUGUCGUGUGUCAAAUGAUAAAAAUAAAUCAUUCAGACGUUUGGAUAUAAGAUUGGUACCAUAUGAUCAAUAUUAUUGUGCUAUACUUCAUUAUACUGGUAGCGAUCUUUUUAAUAAAAACAUAAGGGCUCAUGCGUUGGAGAAGAAGUAUACAUUAAAUGAAUAUACUUUAAAACGACUUACAGUAGAAGGUAUCCCAGGAGAAGCUGAGAAAAUCACAUGCGAAGAAGAUAUUUUUAAAAUACUUGGACUUCCUUAUAAAGAACCAAAGAAUCGAGAUCUUUAAUCAUUUUUAUUCUAUAUACAUA